AUGUAUCAUACGCACAGUGCACCACAGCAGCACAAACAAUCUUCGAGGAAAGGCAAGAAAGCUUGGAGGAAGAAUGUCGACAUUUCCGACGUCCAAGAGGGGCUCGAGCAGCUUCGAGAUGAGAUCAUUACGGGUGGCCCUGUUGCUGAGAAACCGUCCGCAGACAUUUUUACUGUCGACACAUGUGGAUCCCAAACUGUUCGAAAGAAUUACCAGAAGAGCCACAAACCACUGAGGGCGGAUCAGAUAUUGGCACAGCGUUCAGUGAUACCAGUAGUCGACACUCGGAAAAGACCAAAUUCCAAGAUCACGGAAGGGAUUACGGGACCGUCAAGUAAGAAGCAGAAGAAGGAUUGGGUGAGUGGUAAGGAGUUGCAACGUCUGAAAGACUCCUUAAACGAGAGUAACCUCCUGGCGUCCAGGCGGCUUGACCAUGGUGCGGAUAUGAAGGUAGAUCUGUGGUCUUGUGAUAGUAUGACAAAGGACGGCGCUGCGUUCGACUACCUAGAACAGCCGAAAGCGAAAGUACCCCCCUCUACAAUCCGUCAACCGCCAAUAGCAAUGACGGCAAGUGGCAAAGCCGUCAAGGCAAUCAAGACACCGGCUGCUGGCACGAGCUAUAAUCCAUCAUUUGCAGAUUGGGAUGACCUGCUCAAUCAAGAAGGGCAAAAGAUGGUCGAAGCGGAGAAGCAACGACUCCGUGAGGAACAAUUAGAAGCAGAACGUGCAGCAAGAAUUGCUGCAAUUGCCUCGGACGAUGCAUCAAGUGCUCGCACCAAUGAUGAAAGUGCUUGGGAAGGGUUUGAAAGCGAGUUCGAAAGCCCGGAGUUGCUCAAGAAAAGAAGACCUGAACGAAAGACCCAGGCACAGCGGAAUAAGAUCAAGCGGCGAAAGGAAGCCGAGCGGCAAGCUCUGCAUCAAGCCAAAAUGGCAGACAGGAGGAAACAGGCGCGGGAACUUGAGCAGCUAGCCAAGAAUACGCAUGGAGGACCGGCCAGCACAAGUGAUGAGACGGCAGUAGCGGAAGACGGGAAUGUCUCAUCGGAUGGGUGGGACGAAUUGAUGCUUAGGCGGAAAAGGUUACGAAAUGUUUCUAUACCAGAGAAGAAUCUCGAAGUCGUCCUUCCUGAUGAGCUUCAAGAAUCGCUACGACGACUGAAGCCUGAAGGUAAUCUACUCCACGAUCGAUUCCGUCAUUUACUGGUAAGUGGCAAGACCGAAGCAAGGAAGCCCAUCAUUCAACCGAAAAAGAAGAGGGUAACCUACACGGAGAAGUGGACGCAUAAGGACUUUCGCAUUCUGGUGUAG